UUGAUCAAUGAGUCGGUGAAAUCGGCUCGGCCACAUUUCUCACUCUCUCACUCGGCAGAUACGGUUCUAUUCUUUUCCGUCUCGCACUCGUGACCUAACCGCAACCAUGCCUUUAGCUAAAGAUUUGCUGAACCCCAGCCCUCUAGAAGAAAAGAGGAAACACAAAUUGAAGAGAUUGGUUCAACACCCUAAUUCUUAUUUCAUGGAUGUAAAGUGCCCAGGUUGCUAUAAAAUUACAACAGUCUUCUCGCAUGCACAGAGUGUAGUUGUUUGCACAGGAUGUUCUACUAUUUUAUGUCAACCAACAGGUGGUAGGGCAAAGCUAACGGAAGGUUGUUCUUUUAGGAGAAAACAACAUUAAUGAAAUGUCCUAAGAUAUGUUUGUAUUAAAAAACAAAUAAAAACAAAAAAUUAUAAAAUACUAUAACAUCUAUUUUGCAACCUAUUUAUAAUAAAUUUUGCACA